CGACUGUCCAUCGCCACAACUAUCACGAUGGAGGGCGCUGAUAUCGUUGAGUCCCCGCGCAAGCGGCUUAAGACCGACAGCACUCCUGUUACAGAUGAUGCGGCGCUUCCUCCUUCCAAUGGGACAGUUGCGGAGCCCGACCUGGCCAAGACCACAGAUGAAGAGAGGGAGAUUGAGGUUGGAAUCACCGAAUUCGUCAGUGAUAACACUGGAGGGUUCUCGGGGAUUUUGAAAAAGAGAUAUACCGACUUCCUUGUGAACGAAAUUGUCCCAUCUGGUGAAGUCCUCCACCUACAGAACAUUCCCGCCCCUGAAGCUCCCGCCCAGCAAGACAAGACCGAAUCUUCCGAGAGCCGUAAAGAGAAGCCGGCAGAGAAUGGGCAAGAUAAAGCACAGAGCACGGCCCAGAGUGAUGCGCCAGCAAGCACCGAGGCUGCGCCGGAGUUCCAAAUUUCGGAGGAGGACAAUGCGCUCCUGGACUCUCUCUUCGGGCCAGAGCCUACCGCGAAGAUUGUCGCGUUGAACAAACGUGCCCUCGCGAGCCCGAAAUCGAAACCGAGUGACCUUGGAAAGAUCAAUACUAUCGUUGUUACCGACCGCGACACACGCAUCCAGAUGCACCAGGCCAUCCGUCGUAUCUUCAACUCCCAACUCGAGUCUCAGACCGACAGCGAGGGACUAAUGGUCAUCUCUGCUGCGCCGAACCGAAACAAACGAGACGCGCCAAGCGGUCGUGGGAAUGGGCGCUCCCGUGCACCGGUCAACUGGGAUGAGCUGGGCGGCUCCUACCUGCACUUCACCCUCUACAAGGAAAACAAGGACACCAUGGAGGUUCUCUCGCUCAUCUCACGUCUGCUGAAGGUGAACUCCAAAAACUUCCAGUUUGCCGGAACCAAGGACCGACGUGGAGUGACGGUGCAAAGGGCUUGCGUGCAUCGCUUACAGGCCGAUCGACUGGCAAAGCUCAAUCCUACACUCCGCAAUGCCGCGCUGGGCGACUUUUCGUAUCACAAAUAUGGUCUCGACUUAGGAGAUCUGAAUGGCAAUGAAUUCGUCAUCACUCUUCGUGAGUGCGAUAUUCCAGGAGUCGACUUCCAAGACCGCGAGGCUGCCAUUGCGAAAUCAAAGCAGCUUGUGGGCACGGCGCUACGGAACCUCCAUGAACGAGGCUACUUCAAUUACUUUGGCUUGCAGCGCUUUGGAACCUUCGCGACCCGCACCGAUACUGUUGGUGUUAAGAUGCUUCAGGGUGACUUCAAGGGUGCCUGCGAUGCUCUUCUCCAAUACAGCCCCAAUUCUCUGGCUGCUGCUCUGGAGGGCGAGAGCUCGACUGCCAUGGUCAGCUCAGAUGAUAAGGCUCGUGCGGAAGCAAUCCACAUUUUUGAGACUACCGGCAACGCGACCAAGGCCAUGGACAAGCUGCCUCGGAAGUUCUCGGCGGAAUCCAACAUCAUCCGCCAACUCGGCCGUGCCAAGACCGACUACCUCGGAGCUCUUCAGGCCAUCCCCCGCAAUCUGCGACUCAUGUAUGUUCACGCCUAUCAGUCGCUAGUGUGGAACUUCGCCGCAAGUGAGCGUUGGCGGCUACACGGGGACAAGGUUGUGGAGGGUGACCUUGUCUUGAUUCACGAGCACAGUGACAAGGAGAACAGUUCCAGCGAGCCUGUUGCUGCUCCCGGUGAUGUCGACGCUGACGGCGAGGUUAUUAUUGCUCCCCAGACGGGAGACAGCGCAUACGUCGCCGAAGGCAUUGCGCGUGCACGCGCCCUGACGGCCGAAGAAGCCGCCAGCGGCAAGUACUCCAUUUUCGACGUGGUUCUCACUUUGCCUGGCUAUGAUGUUCUGUACCCGGCCAAUGAGAUGACCGACUUCUACAAGCGCUUCAUGGCUAGCCCGCAAGGCGGUGGACUCGAUCCGUUCGACAUGCGCCGGAAGUGGAAGGAUGUUAGUCUCACGGGAGGAUACCGGAAGUUCCUCAAUCGGAUGGGUGCUGAGUAUUCUUUCGACGUGAACCUGUACUCGAAGGACGACGAGCAGUUCGUGCAGACGGAUCUGUCAAAGCUGCAACAAGAUAAGACCGAAGCUGCUGCCAGUGAAGCGGAGCCCGCGGGUGCCCAGGACAAGGUUGCCGUCGUGCUCAAGUUCCAGCUUGGCUCCAGCCAGUAUGCCACCAUGGCUUUGAGGGAGUUGACCAGGGGUAAGGUGAGAGCCUACCAGCCUGAUUUCGGCAAGGGCAGAUGAUAUCUAUAACCAUGCACAUUUGUAUAUAUACGAUGCGGCCAGAGGCCCGGAAUACAGCAGGCAUAGAUCAAC